UUCCAGUCUUGGCUUGGCGCCUGAGGUGAGAGCAUCUCCCUGUUGCUGUUCCAUCUCUUAGCUGGGGCUGAGUAACCACACAGCAAGGGAAAGCCCUGGCUCCAGGUGAGACAGCCCUAAGCAUCCCCAAAGAAGACUGAAUUCGUAUUUCCUUGUCAGGGGAAAAACAAACCAAACCAAUUCAGCCUGGUCACCUUUCCCUGUUUCAAGAAAGAAGAGUAGAGCCAAAGCAAUUGAAAUAAAACCCUUCAGCCUCCCAUGUACUGGCACCUCCUGUUAAUCAAUGAAAAGUUAAGAGUCCUAAGAAGAUGAGUACUGGCACAAAUCAACCGACUGGUGAACAGACUAAAACAAAUUAUAUCAUUUCCAGAGAUACAUGUUGACCUGAACAUGCACGCCUGCAAUUUUUUCCUGGUGCCUAAGCUGAGAAACUGCUUUUUAUGACUAGAGGGAGUUUUGUUCUGAAAGUCCUGCAGUUUGGCAAGUGCUUUGACUUUGUACUACUCUUUUCUAUUUCUUUACACCUCGUGUUUGAAAUGAGGGCUUUGUAAUUUCUUAAAGCGUUUUAUCAACCUUGUGUUUGUGUGAAGAAACAUACUACUCAGGAGGCAUUAUUUUACAGUAAGAGUUGUAAAAGAAAAACUAUUGGUGACCAAGACAAGACAACGCACCCUUCAUAAUGUGGACUUUCCUCGGCAUCGCAUCUUUCAUCUAUGUCUAUAAGAAAUGUGGAGAUUUGUUGAGUUACGCCAACAAAGAGGUGCUAAUCUCCAUGGUUGUGUUCUUCUCUUUUGGUCUACUUCUCUCCCAUCGGUAUCGGGCAUGGGGGCUCAAGCAGCAAAAGCAUAGGCAAGCACAUUGUGGGAUGCUUUCCAAGUUCCUUGCUACUAUACCGCUCAUUGGCUUUUUUUGGACUAAAUCCCAAACUGGAUCCUCAGAGGUGCUACAGCCCAAAUCCAGGAAGGUUAGGAGAAGAGUCAAUAUCUCAGCUGAGACCACAAGUGAGACUGCUACAGCCUCAACCCUUACUCCUCAGUAUGAUCCAGAGGUUAUCAUUGUGGGGUCUGGUGUGCUUGGCUCUGCUUUGGCAGCAGUGCUGGCAAGAGACGGAAGAAAAGUGACUGUAAUUGAAAGGGAUCUGAAUGAACCAGAUAGGAUAGUUGGAGAACUGUUGCAGCCUGGGGGAUAUAAUGCUUUGAAAGAUCUGGGCCUAGAAGAGGCCGUGGAAGGAAUUGACUGUCACACAAUAAAUGGUUACGUAGUACAUGACCUGGAAAGCAAAUCAGAGGUUGAAAUUCCUUACCCUUCGACAGCAGAUGGCCAAGUACAAAGUGGAAAAGCAUUCCAUCAUGGGCGUUUCAUUAUGGGCCUCCGAAGAGCAGCCAUGGCAGAACCUAACACAAAAUUCAUUGAAGGGACAGUGGUGCAGUUGCUUGAAGAAGAUGACUCUGUAGUUGGAAUUGUGUAUAAAGACAAGGAAACUGGAGACACAAAGGAGCUUCAUGCACCCCUUACAGUUGUGGCUGAUGGUCUUUUUUCCAAAUUUAGGAAAAAUUUCAUCUCUAGUAAAGUUAAAGUUCCGUCUCAUUUUGUAGGAUGCAUUUUGAAGAAUUCACCUCAAUUUAAAACCAACCAUGCUGAACUUGUUUUGGGAAAUCCUAGUCCAGUACUUGUCUACCAGAUUUCUUCCAAUGAAACCAGAGUCCUUGUUGAUAUUCGAGGUGAAAUGCCAAAGAACCUUAAGGAAUAUAUGGCUGAAAAAAUUUAUCCCCAGCUACCAGAACAUCUGCAGGAACCUUUCCUAAUAGCUGUACAGAAUGAUCGUUUGAGGACCAUGCCUGCAAGCUUCUUGCCUCCUUCUCCUGUAAACAAAGCAGGAGUGCUUCUCCUGGGAGAUGCUUACAACAUGAGGCAUCCCCUAACAGGUGGAGGAAUGAGUGUUGUUUUGAAUGACAUCAAGAUAUGGAGGCAUUUGUUGCAGGCUGUUCCAGAUCUUUAUGAGGACUCUGCUCUUCUGCAGGCCAAAAGUACUUUUUACUGGACACGAAGAAAAUCCCACUCCUUUGUGGUGAAUGUUCUUGCACAGGCUCUUUAUGAAUUAUUUGCUGCAACAGAUGAUUCUUUGCAUCAGUUAAGGAGAGCCUGCUUCCUUUACUUCAAGCUGGGUGGCGAGUGUGUCUCUGGUCCAAUUGGAUUACUUUCAGUCCUGUCACCUAAGCCUAUUGUUCUGAUAGGCCACUUCUUUGCCGUCGCCCUCUAUGCUGUUUAUUUCUGCUUCAAAUCAGAAUCCUGGAUCACCAAGCCGCGUGCGGUUUUCAGUAGCCUUGCUGUGCUGUACAGGGCGUGCUCAGUCAUAUUCCCACUCAUAUAUUCUGAAAUGAAGUACCUCGUCUAUUAAACCGGAAGAAACAAAUCUACAGGAUGAGGAACAGCAUUAGACUCUUUGCUGCUUCCCUUCUGGAUAUGAAAUGGUUUUGUCCUAUCUCUUUGUUUUUUAAAAAAAGAUCAGACUCUUUGAGAAAAAAACCCAGUGUGGCUUUAUUUUGUGACUUGAAGUUGUAUAUCUUUAUACAGAGAAAUUAGGUGUGGACAAGGGAUUUCCUUGUCGUUGGUGAUGCCUGGUAUACAGGCUGGUGUAUAAUCCUUACAAGAAAUGAAUGGACAUCUGUGUAAAGACGGCCCUGUUCUAUAGGAGAGAGUGGGAGGUAGUGCAGGGUCCUUUCUGAAGAGGAAUCCCCAGAAUAAGUUGCUAAUAACAAUAUUUUUUUCUGGUAGUAUCAAGCCAUCUCUCAUUUCAUUGGGGCCAGGGGCUAGAUGUUAAAUUAAGCUCUGUUGCAGGGGAGACUGUGCCAGUAUAGAAUAGAAUAUAUCUGUGGAGGAUUGGUUUAGUUCUCACUGAGAUGGUAAAUUUGUCUCUCAGAUCUUGGCAAGGUUCAUUUUUGGACUCCCAUCUUCUGGACCCAACAUUGUUUCUGUGCUGUACUGUUUAUGGCUGCAGGUAGGUAUUGGUAUGAUUGAAUGCUGUUCUAUACACCUAACCAAAUCAGAAAUAUGCCUUGUUCACCCUGCACAUGGAAAACUUAGAAUUUUGGGCGAGGGAAUAAGCUAGAACCCUUCUCCUUGAAAUCUAGUUUUGUGUCGUCAGGGAUUAUCCAUUUUUAUAUAGAGGACCAUUCAAUCAUGUUUGACCUCACCUGCAGUCUGACCUGGUGCAGCCUAUAUGCAGGCUUCAAAAUCUCACUGAGAACCAGACCGUUGUUUAGGUUUGUUUGAUUCUGCAAACAGCCUCAGCUGCAUCUACAUUCUAGAAUUAAUGCAGUUUGGCACUGCUUUAACUGCCAAGGCUCAGUGCUAUGGAAGUCUGUGAUCUGUAGUUUUGUGAGAUAUUUAGCUUUCUCUAACAGAGCUCUGGUGCCACAACAAUCUACAAAUCCCAGGAUUCCAUAGCAUGGAGCCAUGCCAGAUAAAGCAGUGUCAAACAGCUUUAAUGCAGCAGCCUUGAAUAAACUGAAUAAUUUUGGUUCAGGCAUCCUGCUGGGUCUCUUGCUAGUAUUAAGGCAGGAAUGGGGAGGCUAUGGCAGUUGAGAUAUUGUUAGAUUGGAGCUCCUGUCAUCUGUGACUACUGCCUACAAUGACAGACAGAUGUGAGCUGGAAUCCAACAAAAUUUGGUAGACCACAGGUUCUUGCUACUGUCUUAAGUGAAUGAUUGAGCUGUUAGAAAUAGAUAUAGGGUUGACAGGCUGCAUACAAGACUGGGUUCCUGUAGCUUCAGUUGUUAACAGAUCCUGGAUCAGAAAGAAGUACUGCAAAGUUCUGUCAGAUAGAUGUAUGGUGCAUCUUCUCCCACAACACCUUUAGCUACACAGCUAUUCCCCUGGCUUGUGGAGAGUGGUGUGUGUAUGGUGUGAAGAGGCCCAGCACUGCUGUCAGCUAGAAGAACAGGCAGAUGUUUCUGUAGUACCCAUUAGUUCUCCAGUAAACCGAGUCUACAGCAGCUACAGGGUGAUUUGUGUGUGUGUGAGGAAGGAGGCUUGCUAUAGCUAGAUAUGAGGAAACUUGAUAGUAUCUCUUCUGAUCCAGAAUCUGUUAAAAAUGCAGGAGCUCUAUCUCAUUUUUCAACUUGGCAACCCUAAAUAAGGAGAUGAAUGUGUGCAUGUUAUACAUGAACAAAUAUAUAUAUAGGUAUGAAUUUCUUAGACAAAUGAAGUUUUUGAACGAGGUAGAUGUUUACAAUGACCACUAUUAAUGAUUCAGAAAGAUAGCAACUAAGUGUUGAUCUUUACAGGAUAGCUGGGAGUGCUCCAUUAAUUAUAAUAGCUUACAAAACAAAGACAGGGCAGCUCGAACCGUUUAAACAUGCAACUGUUACCUGUACAUUCCCUUGUUGACAUUUUUUUGAUGUGAAACUUCCCUUUACUGUUUUCUCAGAUAAAAUUUAAACCUGUUAUGUUUCAUUGCAA